AUGGCGGGGCUGCAGGACGCGGGGCCGCCGCCGUUCCUGACGAAGACGUUCGAGAUGGUGGAGGAUCCGGCGACGGACGGCGUCGUGUCGUGGAGCCGCGGCCGCAACAGCUUCGUCGUCUGGGACGCCCACGCCUUCGCCACCACCCUCCUCCCCAGAUACUUCAAGCACAACAACUUCUCCAGCUUCAUUCGCCAGCUCAACACCUAUGUUAGGUUUAGGAAGGUGGAUCCGGACCGUUAAUUCGCGAACAGAGACUUCUUGGGAGGGCAGAGGCACCUGCUGAAGAACAUCAAGCGCGGCGCAACGCGCCGCCCCCUCACGCUCUCUCACUACGGCGGCGUCGAGAGCAGCAGCGGAUUCGUCCAGCUGGGCAAAUUCGGGGCGGAGGCGGAGGCGGAGGUGACGCGUCUGCGGCGGGACCGGCGCGUGCUCAUCGAGAUCGUGCGGCUGCGGCAGCAGCAGCAGGGCUCCCGCGCGCAGCUCCUCGCCAUGGAGCAGCGCGUGCACGGCACCGAGCGGCGCCACAAGCAGACCAUGUCGUUCCUCGCGCGCGCCGUCAGGAACCCCGCCUUCCUCCAGCAGCUCGCCGGCUUCCGCGGCGAGUGCGAGCUGCUCUUAAGCGGAGCCGGCAAGAGGCGCCGGCUGCCCCUCAACCCCUUCGCAGGGAAUGUUGACCCCGCCGUGGCCGGCGCAGGCAUGCAAAGCCUCCUGCCGACCAUCCACGAUCGCGACGACACGGUCGACGUCGAGCCGAAUGCGACGGGGGUCGUGACCGACAUGAUCUGGGAGGAGCUGCUGAACGACGCGCCGGUUCUGGGCAGCGAGGUCCAGGACGAGCAGCAGGAGAUCGAGAUCGAGGUCGAGGAGUUCGCCGCGGAGCCGUGCAGAUGGGGCGACGACGAGGUGCACGACCUGGUGGAGCAGAUGGGGUUCCUCGGCUCGCCUUAGAAAGAUAUGUGCUUCACGAGAUUGUAUAAGGAUUGCUUUGUUUAUUAUGCUGUUCGGCUGUUGUACAUAGUUUGUAACUAAGCAGAUGCAUGCACCAAGUAUGAUAUCUAUCUAUCUAUCUAUAUAUGCUUGUAUGCCUUUCUAUAGAGUCUUUUUUUUUUUUCCUUAAUCCCCCCCUCUGCAAUUUACAUGUAGUUGGAAGUGUAUAUUGUAGCUGCUAAAGAAUGGAAUGGAUGCAUGGAAUUAUAUAUAGUUGAAGAUUAAGGUGGCGGAGGGUGCAAGGGAUGUUCAUCAUGUUCCUGUGGGAUUAGUUACUGUGCGUGUAUGUUGUCUAAACUCGAGAAGUGUGAUUAUGUUUUAAAUGGUUUGGUGUGUGUUAAAUAUUGUAUUCGAUCUGUUAAAAUUUUAA